CAUGGGCGAUUCAACAAUAUUUAACGAUUUUAUUCCUGUUCAAAUAGACUUGGGGUCAGUAAAACCAGUGCUGCGACGUUGAAUAGUUUGGUGGUGGUUGGAGUUCUAACCGUCAUUAAGAGAUGCACCCCUCGUCAACCACAGGAAAACCGGGCAGCCUCUGACGCAAAGUGAGGGUCGACACAGUCAAUUGCAGACCAGGAGAAUAGACAGAUUCACUUUUGCCUCAAACGACUCGGUGCUCUUGUGUAGUGUAUGGCAGCGAGAGUUGUAUGUUGUAGGUCGUGAAAGAUCUCGAGUUGUUUGCUCGUUCGUCGUGUGGAGGAGCGAAAGUUGGGCGAUUUUGAGUGACGUAGAUGUUCGUUUCCAUGCCUUGUCGAUGCUCCACCACUUUUUCUUGCAAGGAGACCAAGCAAGAUGGCGGUACUGCAGGCGAGAGGCUGCCUGCAUGAAGAUGCAGUACAGUUAGCGAUGUGGCCCUUUGAGGCUAUUGCAUAUUGAAGUUGAACAAUCCAAACUGGCUAUCUAUUCGGUUGACUAUGGUCAUCUACAGGUAGUCUUCUCUGCUUCGUUCAUGAAGCAGACCCCCAAGUUACGGCGAUUUACUGUCGAGUAUCCGUUAUCGACUCUCAUAUAACUCUACUCUUCGAUUAUAGCGUGGCUUUUGAAUAAAGAUUCGUUCCUGUCGGUUUCCCUUCAUACCAACACCAUCGGAGAACCGCAUAUGGGCCUGCUUCAAGGACAUGUCUCCAGCAGUAAACGAGUUCCUGCAUUUUCUCCGUACUCCGUACGCUGAUCCGCCGGAGCGGUCUCGUCUCCCAACCGUUUUCUGUCUAAUGUAAGGGCUGCGAAUGGUCCAUGGCCGGACAUAAGGCAAGUGUCAAAAAGGUGGCGCCACUACUGGAUACCGUUUUAAUCGACCCUCAUUCUAGGUGAGAAUCCAGUAACUGUAUAUAUAAUGAGGAUGAAGGGACUCUCCUCCCUGUAGGUUUUGUAUUUUUGGAGGUUUUGUCGAGUGUUGCUCAGUCGUGGUGCCAUUCGGUCGUGUGCAUCUCGCGUGAUGGCAGCUUACACGGCUGCUGGCAGAUAUCAAUAUCUGCCAUUACGCCCGAUGCAGACGGCUCGGCUAGGUGCAAUUGCUCGACAUCCUCCUUGACGCCACGAAUUCUCACUUGGCUGGGCCAGUUAUUGUAUUAUUUCGAAUUUCCAAAUACCCGGAUCGGAGUCGAUGCGAGGCAAUCGAGGUCACCGUCGUCCAUAUAGUGCUUCUUAGUACAGCACCAUGAGCUCUCCUCUCUUCUUGUUCCUCCUGGUCCCCCUCUCCUCUCCCUCAGCUCUGUGACCAUCUUCUCUCCUCCGGCAGCCCAUCUCUCCUCAUCGACCCUCCAUAUGUCUCUCGAUCUCCUCUCUCAUCGGCGUCGGCGUCGUCCUUGUCAUCUACUUGCGACUUGCAGCUCGCUGGCGCUGGAAUUUGGUCGUCCAUGCUUACUAAGUCAUAUCGGCCCGUCCUUUAUCCGCUGACUAAGCGUCAACAUCCCGACAGGUUCGACAUCAAACUUGAAGCGACGACGAGCAAAUUGUGUGUCGGAAAAGCGACAACUUCAGCUUCAAUUGGCACAUCUUCAUCGCUCGGGUACGACCAGUACACACGGGACACCCAUCUCCACUCCUCUAUCGUGCUUUGACAGCUUUCCUCCGCUGCCUGGCCGGUUAUCUCUGCCUCCUGCGCUUGCCCGCCGACUUCUUCCGCUUCAGUCCGACCAACUUCCAACUACUACGGUUCUUCGACCCUCGCCAUGUUGUACCGAACAGCUGCCGCGCGCUCUGUGCUCAGAGCCGUAUCGAGCUCAAACGCUUCGAUUGCUCGAAGUGCCUGGACUAACACUGCUUUCAAGGCCCAGUUGACCACCUCUGCCAGGCAAUGGACUGGCCCGCGGUCAACUUCCAUGGCGCUUUCGCCUUUCCGCCAGCCAGUCACCACCGCCCUUGUCCGCUAUUCUUCCACUGAGGCUAAGAAGACCCUGAUCGAAGAGCCCGAUGUUGAUAUGAUGGCUGGUGUGAAGAACGAUGUGAAAGUUAUCAAGGAUACCUUCAGCUUGGAGGGUGUCCCCAAGGAGGCUCUGUACUAUGGCCUGGCCGGUGUCAUCCCUUACGUCGUGACCUCGCUCCAGACUGUUUUCCUCUCCUGGGAGAUGAACAACGCUGUCACUCUCGGAACUACCCACUACAUCUCUGUUGAGACUGCCCAGGCUAUGAUGAACCUCAUUGAGCCUAUCCAGGUUGGCUACGGCGCUGUGAUCCUCUCCUUCCUCGGAGCCGUCCACUGGGGUAUGGAGUGGGCUGGAUACGGUGGAAAGCACGGUUUCCGCCGCUAUGCCACCGGUGUCGUUGCCCCAGCUGUCGCCUGGCCUACUCUCCUUCUCCCGGUUGAGUACGCCUUGAUCACCCAGUUCUUCGCCUUCACCUUCCUGUACUACAACGACACCCGUGCCGCCGUCAAGGGGUGGGUUCCAGCUUGGUACGGCAUGUACCGUUUCGUCCUUACCUUCGUCGUUGGCGCCGCCAUCGUCUGCAGCUUGGUCGGCCGAGAGCAGCUUGCUUCCCACUUCACCUCUGAGCACGGCAUCACCGAGAAAGUCAAGGCUCUCCAGGCUGCCCGAGAGAAGGACCUUGCUAAGGCCCAGGCUGCUGCUGCUGAGGAGGCCGAGUAAACCCGACUCUCCUUUCUUUUUCCUGCCCGUCUGUCCGCCAUAUCCCAGUUUAUUUUCCUGUCCGCCCCUCUUGUUGGAAACUAAGCCCGUUUACCUGUGCCUUGUAAAUUAACCCACACACACAUCAAAAAAAAAAAAAAACAAGAUAAUCUCAAAAGCCUGAACGGUCGACUUUCCUUUGUUUCUUAGACUAGACCUGUAGUUAAAAACGUCUAUUUAUUUGAUAUCAACCCUUCCCUUUGUUCCUCAGCCACGCAUAUAGCCAACACUAUAGCCUGCCUCACACAAGCACAAGUCGUAUGGCACACUACCCGGCCAGCCGAGAAGCGCAUCCUGCACAUCAUCUGCCCGAUCCUGCAUGCCAUCCAUCCAGCCUAGGCCGAAUCAAUAGUCCGUUU